UAUCCGUAUUCAUUUUUCUCACCAGUUUCUUCGUUUUCUAAACAGCCAAGCAUUGUCUCCUUCCUUCUUUCCCUCUUUCUGCUUCACUUCCUCAACUUCUAAGUGCGCGAGCGCGUCUGUGCGUAUAUGUGUGUGUGUGUGUGUGUGUGUGUGUGUAUGUGUGUAUGCGCGCGUACACGCGCGCGCGCGAGCGUUUAUGCGCGUGCGAGUGCGUACACGUACAUUACAGUCGCGCUUCGUCCCGUCGUGCCAACAGCAGAAGCGAGGGCCCCGAAGGGGAAACGGACGCGCGGAGGGAAGGACGCGAGGGAGGAAGCGUAGUGAAGCCGUUCGUGUAUACAGUCCGAAGUGUAUGUGCGGAGGCGCGGCCGUUCUCCAUUUCGUUGUCCGUCGGUCCGUGGUCGAUCAGUUGGUCGCUCCCGCUCUGGGAGAAACCGCGACAGACAGACUCGCGAGGAGGAGGAGGAGGAGGAGGACCCGUUCGCGUGUGUUCCGCGCGCGCGAUCGCGCGCUGUGACAUCAUCGUCAUCAUCGUCAUAAGCUACCACUGUAUCGUCAGUGUCGUCCGCUUGGCGCUCGUCAGCCUGUCAGUCGCUCGCUCGCUCGCUCGUUCGCCCGCUCGUUCGCGAGACUUGCCAGGACUUGUGGAAUGACGCAGUAAACGGAGGAGACAGCAGCAACAACAUAGAGGCGGUGAUGCGCGCGCGGAGUGCAGUGGCGGGCUCUUCUCUUUCUUUCUCUCGACGUCUUUUCUCUCCUUCGUUUUCACCUUCCCCUCGCACGAUGAAAAAACACAGUGAAGUUUCGCGGUGAAGUAAAUAAAACCAAUUCAAGAAUAAAAAAUGUCUGCGGAAUCACCGAGGCGGGGUGUGCAUAAAGGAGCUCAAGUUGUUUCACCUCAGCCCAUAGUAGAUCGAUCGAUUAUUGACAGCGUUGCCGGAAUUAUUAAUGACAUAGUACCACAGGGAUACGCCGGAGUGUCUAACUCCGAUAAUAAGGAAACCAUAUCAUGGGCGCGGUUCGAGUAUGCAGACAUAAAUGACCCCGCUUUGUAUCCCGAUUAUAAUGAAGGUUCCAGUACACCUCCGUUGUUACUUGUAUUAGGAUACGCGGUUGGCGUUCAGGUAUGGCUAAUACCGGCGACGGGAGAGGCAACAGAAGUCCUCUCAUGGCGACAAGGCGUGGUUCGUACCCUUCGAAUUCUACCAAAUCCAAAGACUGAUGACGAUCAUGUUGACGAUUUUGAAGCAAAACGGCCGAUGGUAGCGGUCUGUUCCGAGCCGGAUUCGACUCUACCGGGACCAAAAUUUUGUGACAUUAACUUCAUUUCCCUGAAGACCGGCGAGCCGGUGCACAGCGUAGGUUUCAAGCAUCCCGUCUGCGAUGUGCUGGCCAACAGGCGAUCCGUGGUUAUAACGUUAUUAGAAAAAAUUGCGGUCUUUGAUGCCAGAACAUUGCAAAAUAAUAUAACAAUCACAACGUGCUAUGCCAGUCCUGGCCCAAACCCAAAUCCUGUCGCUUUAGGAACACGAUGGCUCGCUUACAGCGAGAAGAAAUUGAUACCUGUGAGAAGAAGCAGUGGUGGUUGCGAAGGGGAAGGUGUUCAGAGUUACACAGCGACAGUUUUAUAUGCGGCAAAAUCGUUAGGAAAAGGUCUGCGCGGCCUAGGGGAAACCGUGGCGUCGAGUCUUACCGGAAAUUCGGUAUCGCCAAUGGCCGUUAAUAAUGCAGGCAAUGAUGUAACGCAGCCAGGCGUUGUCACGAUAUUGGAUCUUCAAAUCGCAAGGGACGAGAAAGAGUUGGAUGACGCAAAUGCGGAUGCUGUGAUCGCUCAUUUUACCGCCCACAGCGAUGCGAUUGUCGCUAUGACUUUCGAUUUAACCGGCGCAUUAUUGAUGACAGCAGACAAGAGAGGACAUGAUUUUCACAUAUUCAAAAUUCAGCCGCAUCCUGGUGGACCGACGUUAGCGGCAGUACAUCAUUUGUAUAUUUUACAUCGUGGCGACACCACUGCGAAAGUACAGGAUAUGGUAUUUUCGAGCGACACACGCUGGGCCGCAAUUUCAACCGUGAGAGGUACAACACAUGUUUUUCCAGUCGCACCUUAUGGAGGUCCUGUUGGUGUUAGGACCCAUUCCACGCCCAAUGUCGUCAAUAGACUAUCGAGAUUCCACAAAAGCGCGGGCCUGACGGACGACGGUACCCGAUCUCACUCUCCCGUAUCUCAUACAGAACUACCUUUGUCUGUAUAUCCGUACUCCAAUCCUCGACUUCCUCCGUAUCCUCAUCCUACGAUAUUGCAUCCUCUCUCGCAAAUUCGGCAACCAUCAUCUCUGAAUCAGGUCAACAAUUCCGCGCAGCCGAGCAGACCGCAGCAGAGGCAACGGUUACAUUCUGACGAUAGUGGAACCUUACCGUUGAAGAUCUGUGCAUGUUUUGCUCCGCCUAGAGCUUGGAUGUACGCGCAGAGGGAGUCCAGCAACAAAAUGGUCAAAAGGGCGGUCGAUUCUUUAUUCAUCAUGGCGUGUCAUGGAAACAUGAUACAAUAUGACUUGGACCCCAAACCCGCUGCUGGAGUGCCAAAGGAAAAAGUUUGUGACGAUACCACAAUUGAAUUGGAUGUUGAAGCAAAGGGUCAGUGGCCACUUUGCAGGUCUCCUAAUUCGUCGGAUCUCAUCCCACCAUUGUCUUUGUCGAACCCGUUACUCGGUGUUUCGUUCACACCAAAGAACAAUCAGGAAUUUGAUACAGUCGAAGAUCGUUGGUUAAGUCAAGUUGAAAUUGUAACUCACGCUGGACCACACAGACGAUUAUGGAUGGGACCGCAAUUUGUUUUUAAGACCUACAAUGCACCCAGUGGUGUUGCUGUCAACUUGGCUGAAGCAGAAGCAGUCGAAAUUGGAAUUACCGGAUCGCGUCCAGCGCGAUCAAAGCCGGUUAAUAUGCCUCAUGCAGCAUCUAGGCCAUUAAUGCCAGUUGUUAUCGACGGAUCAGGAAGUAGUUAUGAACAAUCGCCGAGAUUUAUGGAGGCUUACGGUGAUUCUUUGGAAAGUGAGAAUGUGGCCGUUGGUAGCUGCGAGAGUCAGUUGAGAGAAGAUCUCGCGGAAGCUAUGCUCGAGAUAUCAAUCGCGUCACAUCGUGCUCCAGGGAGGCGUACGGUAUUUGAGAGGGUGGGUCAACCGGUAACUAAAGUCGUCAACCCUCACACCGGCACCGUGAUUACCGUGUCGGCCGACGAGGAUGAAGACGGGGCUUUUAGCUCCGUAUUGGAGUACGACUCCGUCGCGGAAGAAGUCCACGCGCCUAGAAGUGUGUGCGCGGAAGAGGGCCCGGCUUCACUUGGCGCGGCCGUCGACUUUCCGGACGAACCGGAGAGCCAGGCGUUGAGUCGCGAGCUCACCGAGAUCUGCGCGGAGAUGCGCGCAGCGAGCGAGCCUGCAAUUGACAGCGUGCCCGAUGAAAACAUACGCGAGCUACAGGAGCGUCGCGCCUUGUGCGCGGAGAUGGCGGCCACGACCAUGGCAACGGCGAUCACAUCAAUUGACUAUGAAAAGGAGGAGGCGUUCCACGACGUACCAACAAGUCUCAGUCUGUGCGCUGAGCCAGGCGAGAUCCCGAGCAGCCCAAUGACGCAAGCGAAGGAAGCGUUGUGGUGCAGCAAAGGAAGAUCCGCCGUCGACAGACGAUCUGUCGAGGAUUAUCGCAGCGAGGCUCAUGAAAGGCACCUUGCCAGGGCCAAGUAUGUUGUCAGCUAUGACGAUAACAGCGUCACGUUAAUGGAGAACAAAACGAUGCGAGAUGACAGGAGUAUUAUCGAGAUGCCACAAUCAAGCAAAGACGAGAAAAUAAAAAAACUUAUAGCGAGAAAAGCCAUCGAUACCGAGAAAAUGUCGAAUUGCGCGCAGAGAUCGCAUUCGAUUGAACAGCGAGUGACAUGGACCUCGGAGAAUUAUGUCGUCAAGGAGGACGAGGACAACAUCGUCAUCGAAGAUGUGCGGUGUGUAGAUAUAGCGAACGCUAGAAAAGAGGACAAUGACAUUGAUACCAAGAGAUUUGAAAAUGUGAGAGAUAAAUGCGAGGUGACACGUAAGAACAACGAAUGGAGAACUCUUGUCUCUCCGCGGGAACCUACUGACAAAAAUCGGGUUACUCUCGAAAACAAAGAGAUUACAGCGAAAUCGAUCGCCGACGUUAUUAUCGCGAUGAAAAAAGAUCCGAUUGAAUUCUUGUCAGAUGUGGAGAAAGCGAAAUUACUUCCGACUGACCGUGAUGAUAAGAAUGAAGACGACAAUGAAUUGCCGCCGCUGGAUCCUCCACCUCUGGACGAUUUCAGCUCCAUUGAGUAUCACAUGGUAGAGACGUGUAAUCUUGGUAGAGAAACCGCUUCCAUAUCCACUCAGUCCGAUGACGACAUUGAGCACAUUCAUGCGUCUGAAGUGAUGCAGAUGCGGAUGAAGAUUGACGUCGGCGGCGACACAGGUGCGACUACGGGUGUCGCGCAAUUCUCCUCUCCCAUAGUGCGACGGAAGAGCAGCAAGAGCACGAUUUCGGAUGACGAUCUCGAGUACAUACACAGUGUCGAACUCGGUUUCGAGUCCUCGGAACAAGGCGACGCUGGCGCGAUUAAAUUGUUGACGAAGGUGAACAGCGGUGACAGUUGCUCGCGUAGAAGGCAUAGCAAACAUGCUUUAUCUUCUGACGAUGAUCUAGAACAUAUUCAGUUAUCGGAAGUCCGCGAGUUAGAGCUCGAUGCGAUGACGAGACUGUCGCAGGGAGAAUCUCUGCUGCAGACAACUCUGCAGGAAACGACGUUGGCGGAGCAGCAGGGAACAAAGAUUAGAUCCAACAGAAAAUGGACAGAUAUCAUGAUGAUCGAAAAACGUGAGGCGGAGACCGCGGAGGUCACCGUAAUAUACAACCCAGAGAAGAUCCAGCCAAAGUCGAAGGAGUCCGACAGAUCCAACAGUUCCAUCGAUUGUUUCAGAGACAAGGCGACGGAAGAAGCGCAUCCAAGCCCCAUGAAAAGGUCCAAAAAUCGUGGCCAGAAGACGAGUUUCUCGUCGUUUUCGCUGCUACCUGUUGCUAAACGGAUCUCUCAGACAACUGAUAGUGAUAUUGUUGAAAUUAUCGAUCUCGACGCAAUGCAGAAGGCUGAUAUGAACGUCAAUGCGACGCCGGAAUGCAAGAUUCUGCCUGUCGUUGCAACUGGGACACGUGCUCGGAAGUCUCGCAAGAGCAAGCGAUCGCAGUCGGACGGCCAGUCGCAGGAGAUCAGCUUGACAGAGCCUCUUCCUCUUCCCGUCUCUUUGCCUUUAUUUCGCUCUUCCAAGGUGAAAAUAGCAGAAUUGCAGGAGGCCGUGCGGGAAGAAGAGUCGAUCGUGGACUUUUGUUCUAAGGAUCAGGAAGAACAAAAAGCCUUGUCCUUGGUGGAGAUAUCCUGGAGUUCGGUUGUCAAGAAGAGUAUCUCUCCUUCCUCUGAUUCGCAGGACGUUCGCAAAGAAACUGAUCUUGAACCGUUGAUAGAAGUGGAAGAAAGAUCGGAGAUCGGCGAACAUGCGAGAAAGCUGGAAGAAACGAAAUACCGUGACAAGGAUAAUUCUAUGACGUUCCUUGAAUCUGCAAGACGCGCAGCGCGACGACAAGUUUGCAGAACCAGGGAAAAAAGAGAGGAGGAGGAAGAGGAGGAAGAGGAGGAGGAGGAGGAGAAGCAGCUUCUCCUCGGUGAGAAGAAUAACGUCGUAACGAAGACGGCGACGACAACGGUGGAGGAGAAUAUUCUUGUAGACCUUCAAGCACCGAUAGUAGACGAAGAGCCUCACGCGGACAAGGAUAUCACGUGCGUCACGACCACUACGGUGCGGGCUAAAAUCUCUCGAGGCAACAAGGGGGAUAGCAAAACGACGAGGGACAAUCCUCUCCUCGCAUCGGAAGUACGAUCCACCGUCGACGAAACACGUCGAGGUAACGUGGCAGCUGAGAGGAGAGAAUCGCAAAGAGAAUCUUCUUUGCAGCUUCAGCCAAUGUCGCGACCACAAGCGCAAGAGAACAGCAACGACAGCACGGCCGACGGAACAUCAACCGAGCGUUACAAUUCAACCUUUUUGAAAGUAUCCUCGGAAUCCUCCAAUGGACCCGUCGAAAAACGGAGUGAGAUGGAGCACAAGGCACCUAGCACCGAGCACUCGAGCAUCGCCGUCAAGAAAGCAAGCACCAGAUCUAAAAGGAAAAAGCGCAGAUGAGUAGAGGAUUGCUGCAUGGACGUGCCUAGGGCCAGCCUUGCCCUCUACAUACUCCUGAUGCAAGUGACGGGAGUAGAUUAGCGUUCAUACAUAAGGGAACGAGAUCACGAUGAAUUCCCGUUGCUCGCGCCCCAAAACUGCGCAACCUCGAAGAGCUAUCCCGCGUCGGGUAGCGUCGAUCGGCGUAUUGCGUCUCACUACAAUGACGAUAAGCUCAUUUUUCCUUCGUGAUUAAUUCGCUAUUGAUAUUUCUAGGAAUUUAUUUCUGGCAUGAAAAUUUAAUAUUUGAGACGAUUGCGAGCGGAGUAAACUUGUAAGAGAAAUCGAGAAAAAAAUAUGUCAUCAUAUAUGUACAAAGUUAUUGUCUGUUUAAAACUCGCGCUUUGUGUGGUUCUAUCUUCAUUUUGAGUCUUAUUAAUUAGUAAUUAAUACAUCAAUCACAAAGAUAUACGCAUGAGUGUACGGGCGUGAUAUAGCGGGCAAGGUUGCGUUCUAGCAAAUAUUAGGAUACUAUUAGACGCUUCGGCACUAGUUUUAAUGAAGUGUAAAGCUAACGAAGGCGUUCCUGGGACGGGAUCGCGUCUCGUUAUCCGAGAAACACGUAUGUAGCAAUUUUAAUUCGACUGCCUUAGAAAAAAUAAUGGAUUCUAUGUGGUGCAAACAAAUCAUGUAUCUAGAUAUCGUUUGCCCAUUAUCGGUAACGUAAUUGUUUGGUACAAUUAACGAUGUUCUUGGCCAUCAGGUGUUCAUUUACGGGAUCGAUUCUUUUUAGCCAGCCUAUUCUUGAGCGAUCGAUGUGUAAUAGGCCAUACUUCGUUGUAGUACAAAAUAUCUAUCAAAUUCAUCUAGUUUUUAUUUACUGCCUAUGAAUUAUGAAUUUCAUCAAGUGACGACAGUAUAUAUUAAGAAAAAAAGUUACUAAUUGACUAAAUUUUUCAAUUUGAUGAAAUUAUUUGACUUCGUGUAUUUGUAUGUACUUGGUACAUUUACAUACAUUUGAUUAAAUCUUUUUAGUUUAAAUAUUAACUUAUUCAAAUUUAGUAUAUAAAUAAAUUUAAUAGAAAAAAUUUAAUUGAGUAGAAAAUUUUAAUAAGGAUUUUCGUCGAGUAUACUAUAGUUGAAUACAGAAAUAUUUGUAUAUACUUGUAUAUACUUGGUAUGUAUUUGUAUAUACUUGGUACAUUUACAUAUAUUUGAUUAAAUUUCUUUAGUUUAAAUAUUAAUGUAUUCAAGUUUAAUAUAUAAAUAAAUUUAAUAGAAGAAAUUUAAUUGAGUAGAAAAUUUUAAUUAAGAAUUUUCGUUGAGUAUACUAUAGUUGAGUACUGAGAAAUAUUUAAACU